CACGACUGAUUUCACUCCACAACGCCCCAAUGGAGCUCCCAGCAUCGUCACUUGCCGUGCCUUCCACUCCCGCACGGGUUCAACAUGUCGUUGCUCCGCGGUCAGUGCGAAGAUCUCCUUGUUUAAGCUCGGCCGCUGAACAUUGGAGACCAGAACUUGCUAUGAUGACAGCUCUCUUCGUUGGCAUAGCGGAGAAACGACGUUUUCGUUUACCGGCUGUAGCUCUAUCUGCAAAGAAAGAAGGGAAGGAAACUAAGAAAGCUAAGGACGCUUUCAGCAACAAGAUCCGGACUUUUUUCGGCCGGGUCUAUGCUCUCUUUUCUUUGCCUUUUGGUGGUGCUGGCAACUUUGCACAAGUCGAUCAGGGAUCCGUUGGUGUGGUUUUACGGUUCGGCAAAUUUGAUCGCAUGCUAGAUCCUGGGCGACACCAAUUCAAUGUUGCUGUUGAGAAAGUCAUGAUUGUACCCUUGAAGAUUGCAUGUAUUGAUGUGCAACCGCAGAUGGUGAUGACGAAGGAUAACCUCACUGUCACGAUUGAUGCCGUGUGCUUCUACCGUGUUCUAGACGCCACAAAGGUUUUGUUCGAAGUGCAGAAUUAUCAACAAGCUUUGAGCAACCUCGUGCAGGUCACUAUGCGUACAGUUGUUGGUGAGAACGACCUCAGUGAGAUCUUUGCUCAGCGGCCCCGUUUGAAUGCGCGCAUCACGGAGCUCAUCGAUGCAGCCACGGGCCCCUGGGGGAUCGAAGUGAGCCAGGUGGAGCUGAAGGAAGUGCAAAUUCAGCAAAGUAUGCAGCGAGCUCUUGCAGCUGUUGCUGAGGCUCAGCAAGAGGCAGAGGCAAAGUUGAUUCAAGCACGUGCACAAAGGGAAUCUGCCAGUAUCCUCGCAGAGGCUUCCAAGGCCAUGGGAAACGACGCAGCUGCUCUUCAACUUCAAUGGUUCGAAACUUUGCGAAUCAUUGCAACGCAAGGGAAGAACGCUACAGUGAUUGUUCCCGAUCGCAUUGACCCAGAGAGUGCUUUGCGCGUAACUGGGAAUGGUAGCUCCGGCUCCUGAAUUUUCAGCAAUGACAAGCAGAUCGAUUUAGAAAAACAUUGAGUUGAAAACGCUAUCUCAAUCUCUG